AUGGGUCGGGUCUCGUUUGCCGAAGAUGUAAAUCAAUGCGACAGUCAGAUUGAGGAAGAACAAUACGCGCCCAGCGUGUACGAGUACCAGAACACGCCCGAGAACAAGUCAUGGGCAGGCACGCUGCCAGUCAAGCAGGGUCUCUACGACCCUGAACUGGAGAAGGAUGCCUGUGGUGUCGGCUUUGCUGCCAACAUUAAGGGCAAUGCAAGCCACAAGAUUGUCAGCGAUGCCCGGAGCCUUCUGUGCAACAUGACCCACCGUGGUGCUGUUGGUUCGGACGCCAGAGAUGGUGAUGGUGCCGGUGUCAUGACCUCUAUUCCCCACAAGUUCUUCGUGAAGAACUUUGAAAGGGACCAAGGCAUUAAGUUGCCUCCCCAAGGCCAGUAUGCGGCUGGUAAUCUCUUCUUCAAGCCGGACACGGAGGUACUGAAGGAGACUAUUGCGACGUUUGAGGAAAUCACGGACUCUCUGGGGCUGCGGGUGCUUGGAUGGCGAGAGGUGCCUAAGGACUCUACGCUGCUUGGUCCUGCUGCUCUUUCCAGAGAGCCCAUCAUCUUGCAACCUUUCGUUGUCGCGAAGGAGGCGUACGGCACUGAAAACGUGCCGAAGGAGACCUACUCGCAGGAGUUCGAUGAGGCAUGGUUCGAGAGACAGCUGUACGUGCUGCGCAAGAGAGCUACGCAUGUUAUCGGUCUUCACAACUGGUUCUACCUCUGCUCUCUCAGCAACAAGAACAUUGUCUACAAGGGCCAGCUCUCGCCCUCUCAGGUCUACGAAUACUACUUCGAUCUGGUCAACGUCGAUUACGAGGGACAUUUUGCCCUUGUACACUCGCGUUUCUCCACAAACACUUUCCCGAGUUGGGAUCGUGCACAGCCUCUGAGAUGGGCUGCUCACAACGGUGAAAUCAACACUCUGCGCGGUAACAAGAACUGGAUGCGUGCUCGUGAGGGUAACCUCAGAUCGGACCUCUUCGGUGAUGAGCUGGAGCUGCUUUAUCCCAUCAUCGAGGAUGGUGGCUCCGACUCUGCGGCAUUCGAUAACGUCCUGGAACUUCUGGUCAUCAACGGUGUUCUUUCUCUUCCCGAGGCUGUCAUGCUCAUGGUCCCCGAGGCAUGGCAAGGCAACCAAGCCAUGGACCCUGCCAAGCAGGCGUUCUAUGAGUGGGCUGGUUGUAUGAUGGAGCCUUGGGAUGGCCCCGCUCUCUUCACCUUCGCCGAUGGCAGGUACUGCGGUGCCAACCUUGACCGUAACGGCCUGCGUCCUUGCAGAUACUACGUGACGGAUGAUGACCGCAUCAUCUGCGCGUCCGAGGUUGGCACUAUCAACAUCGAUCCGGAACGGGUCAUCCAGAAAGGCAGACUGCAGCCCGGCAGGAUGCUUCUCGUUGACACAGUCGCUGGCCGUAUCGUCGAUGACAGUGAGCUUAAGCAAACUGUCGCAAACAGGCACGACUUCCGGGACUGGAUCCAGAAGCACUUGCUCACCAUGGACGGUGUCUACAAGACCUUGACUGAGAAGGGCCAGGACCUCUCUCACACCAUUACUGAGACCCGCGUACAGGAGGAUCCCCGCUUGAAGGCUUUCGGUUACUCUUUGGAGCAGGUCAGCCUGAUUCUUGGCCCUAUGGCCGCAGACUCCAAGGAAGCUCUGGGUUCCAUGGGCAACGAUGCACCGCUGGCCUGUCUGGCUCGGCAGCCUCGCUUGCUGUAUGAGUACUUCCGUCAGCUUUUCGCACAGGUCACAAACCCGCCCAUUGAUCCUAUCCGUGAGGCUGUCGUCAUGUCCCUGGAAGCCUACGUUGGACCUCAGGGCAACUUGCUGGAAAUGGAUGAGACUCAGUGCCACCGUCUCCUCCUACCCUCUCCCGUCCUGUCCAUCGAGGAGUUUAACGCUCUGAAGGGCAUUCAGGGAGCCUACUCCAACUGGUCCAGCAAGGUCGUCGAUAUCACUUUCCCUAAGAGUGAAGGAGUCCAGGGUUACAUUAACGCUCUUGACCGCAUCUGCGAUGCUGCUACGGAUGCCAUCAACAAUGAUAACAGCGUCAUCAUUCUGUCCGACCGCGCUGUUUCUGCGGACCGUGUUCCGGUCUCCGCUCUGUUGGCCACCGGCAUGGUCCACCACCAUCUCGUCAGGAACAGGUGGAGGUCGCAAGCUGCUCUCGUCGUCGAGACUGCCGAGGCGCGUGAGGUCCACCACAUGUGCGUCCUCGUCGGUUACGGUGCUGAUGCCAUCUGCCCGUACCUCGCUAUGGAGUGCAUUCUCAAGAUGCACCGCGAGAAGCUCAUUCGCAAGAAGAUUGAGCCUAAGCAGCUCAUCGACAACUACAAGCACUCUUGCGACGGUGGUAUCCUGAAGGUCAUGUCGAAGAUGGGUAUCUCGACUCUUCAGUCGUACAAGGGUGCACAGAUUUUCGAAGCCCUCGGUAUCGAUGACACAGUAGUUGACCGCUGCUUCACCGGCACUGCCACCCGCAUUAAGGGUAUGACUUUCGAAACCAUCGCUCAGGACGCUUUUGCCCUGCAUGAGAAGGGUUACCCCAGCCGCAGCAUCGUCGAAGUUCCUGGCUUGGCCGAGACUGGCGAGUAUCACUGGAGAGAUGGUGGCGAGUCGCACGUCAACGACCCGACCGCCAUUGCCAACGUGCAGGAUGCUGUCCGCACCAAGAACGACAAGUCCUACGAGGCUUACUCCAAGACCGAGUAUGAGCGUAUCAAGGAUUGCACGCUCCGUGGUCUUCUUGACUUCAACUUCGAGGAGUGCACUCCUGUCCCCAUUGAGCAAGUCGAGCCCUGGACCGAGAUCGUCAGGCGCUGCGUCACUGGUGCCAUGUCUUAUGGCUCUAUCUCCAUGGAGUCUCAUUCUACCCUUGCCGUUGCCAUGAACCGUCUCGGCGGUAAGUCUAACACCGGCGAGGGCGGUGAGGACCCUGAGCGCAGUCUUCGUAUGGAGAACGGUGAUACCAUGAGGUCGGCCAUCAAGCAGAUUGCCUCCGGCCGUUUCGGUGUCACGAGCCACUAUCUUGCCGAUGCCGAUGAGCUUCAAAUCAAGAUGGCUCAAGGCGCCAAGCCCGGUGAAGGUGGUGAGCUUCCAGGCCACAAGGUUUCGCCAUCUAUUGCUAAGACCCGCCACUCUACUCCUGGCGUCGGUCUAAUCUCGCCUCCUCCUCAUCACGAUAUCUACUCGAUUGAGGACCUGAAGCAGCUCAUCUAUGACCUCAAGUGCUCCAACCCCAGGGCUCGCGUCUCCGUCAAGCUUGUCUCUGAGACUGGUGUUGGUAUCGUUGCCUCGGGUGUCGCUAAGGCCAAGGCUGACCACAUUCUGAUCUCUGGUCACGAUGGUGGCACUGGUGCUUCUCGUUGGACUGGUAUCAAGUACGCCGGUCUACCUUGGGAGUUGGGUCUUGCCGAGACCCACCAGACCCUGGUUCUAAACGACCUCCGUGGCCGUGUCAUUGUCCAGACUGAUGGUCAGAUUCGUACCGGUCGUGACAUUGCCAUCGCGACUCUGCUGGGCGCUGAGGAGUGGGGUUUCGCUACUACCCCUCUGAUCGCCAUGGGCUGUAUCAUGAUGAGGAAGUGUCACUUGAACACCUGCCCUGUCGGUAUCGCUACUCAGGACCCUGAGCUUAGGAAGAAGUUCACUGGCACGCCCGAGCAUGUCAUCAACUUCUUCUACUACGUCGCCAAUGAGCUUCGUGCCAUCAUGGCUAAGCUUGGUUUCCGCACGAUCAACGAAAUGGUCGGCCGCUGCGAUGUUCUUCACGUCCGCGAUGACCUCCGCACUUCCAAGACGGAGAACAUUGACUUGUCCUUGAUCCUGACUCCGGCUCACACCCUGCGUCCUGGUGUCGCUACCUACAACGUUCGCAAGCAAGACCACCGUCUGCACGUUCGUUUGGAUAACAAGCUCAUUUCUGAGUCCGAGUUGGCUCUCGAGAAGGGCUUGCCGACUCGCAUUGAGUGCGACGUUAUCAACACUGAUCGCGCUCUGGGUGCCACGCUGGCCUAUCAGAUCUCUAAGAGGUACGGUGAGGCUGGCCUUCCCCAAGACACUGUCCAUGUCAACAUCCGUGGUUCUGCGGGUCAGUCCUUCGGUGCCUACUGUGCGCCAGGUGUCACUCUUGAGCUUGAGGGUGAUGCAAACGACUACGUCGGAAAGGGUCUUUCUGGUGGUCGCCUCAUCAUCUACCCGCCUAGGUCGGCGGUCUACAAGGCUGAGGAGAACGUUAUCAUCGGUAAUGUCUGCUUGUAUGGUGCUACUCGCGGUACGUGCUUCUUCCGUGGUGUCGCUGCCGAGCGUUUCGCCGUCCGUAACUCCGGUGUUACGGCCGUCGUUGAAGGCGUUGGUGACCAUGGUUGCGAGUACAUGACUGGCGGUCGUAUUCUGGUUCUCGGCUCGACUGGCCGUAACUUUGCUGCUGGUAUGUCCGGUGGUAUCGCGUAUGUUUUGGACAUGCAUCACGACUUUGAGGGCAAGGUCAACCAGGAGAUGGUUGAACUUUGCAGUGUCGAGGAUCCCACCGAAAUUGCCUUCCUCCGCGGUCUCAUCGAGGAUCACCACCACUACACCGGCUCUGAGCUUGCUGCCCGCAUUCUGCUCGACUUCACCCGCGCCCUCCCUCGUUUUGUCAAGGUUCUUCCCAUCGACUACAAGCGUGUCAUGCAGGAGACGGCUGCGAAGGCUGCCGAGGCCAAGAAGAAGGAAUACCCUCUUCCCAUUCUUCCUGGCAACCCUGUCCGUGCCGCACAUGAAGAGACCAAGAAGAAGCAGCACGAGAAGGAUGAGAAGGAAAAGAAGAAGAGCGACCUUCUGGACAUUGAGGAGAGUGUUGGUGAUGCCAAGGCCGAGAAGAAGAGGUCCGCUUUGGUGCUCGACAAGACUCGCGGCUUCAAGAUGUACCAGCGCCGCUCCGAGAAGUACCGCAACCCUAAGACCCGUACGCGCGAUUGGCAGGAGCUGUCUCAGCGUCUCAACGAGGAUGAGCUCAAGUACCAGACCGCUCGUUGCAUGGACUGCGGUGUUCCUUUCUGCCAGUCUGACACUGGUUGUCCCAUCUCCAACAUCAUCCCCAAAUGGAACGAAUUAGUGUUCCAAAAUCAGUGGCAAGAUGCCCUGCGCCGUCUGCUCAUGACUAACAACUUCCCCGAGUUCACCGGUCGUGUCUGCCCGGCUCCUUGCGAGGGCGCCUGUGUCCUUGGUAUCAACGAGGACCCGGUCGGUAUCAAAUCCAUCGAGUGUGCCAUCAUUGACCGCGGAUUUGAGAUGGGCUGGAUGGUUCCUUCUCCUCCGAAGUUCCGCAGCGACAAGAAGAUUGCCAUUAUCGGCUCCGGUCCCGCCGGUCUCGCUGCCGCCGACCAGUUGAACAAGGCUGGCCACACAGUGACCGUGUAUGAGCGUGCUGACCGCAUCGGUGGUCUGCUCAUGUACGGCAUUCCUAACAUGAAGCUCGACAAGAAGGUUGUUCAGCGCCGUGUCGACUUCAUGGCGGCUGAGGGCAUCAACUUCGUUACCGGUGUCCACGUUGGCGAGGGAGAUAUCACUAUUGACUCCCUGCGCGGCGAGAACGAUGCGGUUAUCCUCGCCACUGGUGCCACCGUUGCUCGCGACCUGCCUAUUCCCAACCGCAACCUUCAGGGCAUCCACUUCGCCAUGGAGUUCUUGCACAAGAACACCAAGUCUCUCCUCGACUCCAACCUUUCUGAUGGAGAGUACCUUUCCGCCAAGGACAAGCACGUCGUUGUCAUUGGCGGUGGUGAUACUGGUAACGACUGCAUCGGCACCUCGGUCCGUCACGGUGCCAAGUCCGUCGCCAACUUCGAACUUCUGCCUCAGCCCCCAGCUGAACGCGCUCGUGACAACCCCUGGCCGCAAUGGCCUCGCAUCUAUCGUGUUGACUACGGCCACUCGGAGGUCAAGACGCACAUGGGCAAGGACCCUCGCGAGUACUGCGUUAUGUCCAAGGACUUUGUCGACGACGGCAACGGCAACGUCAAGGGCAUCAACACGGUCCGUGUUGAGUGGACGAAGUCCGCCACGGGCGGCUGGGAUAUGAAGCAGGUUGAGAACUCGGAGGAGUUCUUCCCUGCCGACAUGGUCCUGCUGUCCAUGGGUUUCUUGGGUCCUGAGGACCGCGCCAUCGGCGGCGAAAUUGAGCGCGACGCCCGCAAGAACGUCAAGACACCCCCAGGCAAGUACGCCACGAACGUGUCCGGCGUCUUCGCGGCAGGCGACUGCCGCCGCGGCCAGUCGCUCAUCGUCUGGGGUAUCAACGAAGGCCGCAUGGCCGCGCGCGAGGUCGACGCCUUCCUCACCGGCGUUGGCUCCCAGCUGCCUGUUACGGGUGGUAUUGUCAAGCGUCCGCCCUACGAGUUGAUGAGCGGUGCCGAGGGUGCCCCCACCGAGCUCAUCACCGAUGCUGCUUGA